AUGGCGUCCACGGAGGAGCUGCCGUCGUUCAGGACGCCGGGCUCGGUCCCCUUCAAGUGGGAGCUCCAGCCGGGCAUCCCGAAGCCACUGGCAUGCCACGCAGCCGCCGCUACAGCACCACCGUCGUCGUUGGCGCCGCUGCAGCUCCCUCCGAGGCUCGCGCUGCCCCCCGGCGCCUCUGCACGCGCCGCGUCCAGCGGCGGCGCGCGGUGGACCUGCCCCGCCUCGACGUCGGCGCGGUGGACCUUCGCGGGCGUGUCGUCGGCAGCGCUGCUGUCGCCGCCGUCGACGGAGACUGCGGCUGCGACGGCCCCGCGGCACCGGCGGUCCAUGUCCGCGCGGUUCGCGACGUCGCUGACGCUGCCCUUCACGCGGCCGCGGCGGCGGGGCCGGUCCAGGGAGGACGCCGACGUCGCGUUCGCCGCCCUCUAUGGCGACAGCAUCGUGCAGUAG